AUGUCUGACCAACCAGAACCUGCAAUGUCUGCAGAACUAAAAGCCUGGCUUCAAGCUGCAAUUGCAGACUCUAUCCCUAAGGCUCUAGCAGCGUUUCGUGACCAGACAGCCACUACUGCCACCAUCUCACCAUUAUCUGACUCUGAUGAUUCCAGAGUCUCUGAUCAUGACGAAGCCCCACGUAAGCGCCCAUGGAAGGGUGACAGUGCUUCUGCUGGUAAAGGCAAAGCCCCAGCGAAGACGGCUAAAUUGUCUAAGACCAAACCCACUUUGACUAUAGAAACUGACCCCUUAAAGGGCUAA